AUGUCCGUCACUGGCGAACGGGGUAGCGAACGUACUCGUCCCCGUCUCGCGCGCCCGUAUCCCGACGCUGUCCGUCGCCGGAUCCGCGAACCGGCCCAGGCCCGUGUCGCCGACGUGCGCCAUGGUCGUCUCGCGCCGGCUCUUGUCCUCCAGGACCAUCUGGUAGCCGCGGCCGGCGACGCGCAGCGCCACGUCGUACGCCGACCGCACCGACGGCAGCACGCCCGGGCCCGUGGCCGUGAAGCUGCCGCCAGCCACAGCCAGGCGGCCGCCAAACGCCGCUUUGAGGUCGGCGUCGAGCGCCGCCAUGCGGCUGGCGUGGCCGACGUAGUGCUGCGGGAUGCACUCGCGGCAGAGCUUGGUGCGCGUCGCAAUGGGCGUCGGCAUGGGCGCGCCGCCGCCGCCGCCAAAGCCGGGCGUGUCGCGCAGGUGCCGCCGCAGGACGGCCUCGGCCAUGCGCACCGCCUCGUCCGCCGACGGGAAGUCGUCGGGGUACUGGUAGCCGUCCCAGACGUGGCCGCCCAGCAUGACCGUGUACUUGGAGCCGCGCGUGCGGUCGGCCGCCGCGCGGGCCGUCCGGGCCGCGUCCAGCCCCUGCUGGGAUUUGUUGUAGACGUCCGUCACGUGGGCGUCGUCCAUGACCAGGGUGCGCUCGAAAUCAAAGAGCUCGCGCAUGCUCAUCUCGCGGUCCGAGUCGAAGAUGACGCCCAGCGCGCCCUCGGGGUUCUCCUCGAGCGGCACGCUCUGCGGGAUGAGGUAGCCAAAGCCCCCGUACGGCCGGUGCAGGUUCGGCUCCGCGUAGUGCAGAUUGACCACCAUAAUGGUCACGGCGUGGGCGUCGCGCAGCGACGGCAGCUGCCCGCCGUCGUCGCUCGUGUCGGACCCGCCGGCCAUCCGGAACAGCGUGGGGCUGGCGACCGUCGACACCACGCGGUCGUAGGCGUCGCCGUCGGCGCUCGUCUUGGGCGUCGCCACGCGCACCCGCUGCGCCUCGUACCGCAGCCCCGUCACCGGCUCGCCCGACCGGAUCGUCACAUUGGACCGGCUGCGCAGGCUGCGCGCCAGCGCGUCCGUCAGCGUCCCGAAGCCCUGCGCGAACCCAAACUGCGUCCACCCGGUGCUGCGCAUCAUCAGCAUGGGCAGCCGGUCAAAGGGGCUGGCCUCGCGCGGCAGGCCGUCGUCUGCGUCGCCUUCGUAGCCCGGCGUGCCCCUCUUCUUUUUGGCCGCCGCCAGCCACGGCUGGUAGCGGUCGCCCAGACGCAGCAUGAUGUCGUGCAGCAGCUGCAGGUCGCUCUCCAUAAUCAGCUCCACCUUGCCCUUGGCCGCGCUGUACUCCUCUGCGAAGCGCAGCGUCUCUGCCGUCAGCGGCGGGAACCCGGCAAUGCCGCCGCCCAGGCCCGCGUUCUGGCCCGGGAAGUCGUCGUGGUCCUCGGGCUGGGCCCGCCCCAUGCGCGCCGCCUGCUGCCGCCGCAGCUCCGCAAUCUUGGCCUGCCGGUCGUACAGCCGGAACAAGGGCCCUGCCGCUUCCUUGAGCCACUGCGGCCGCAGGAUGCUGCUGGCCACGCUCAGCUUCCACACGUCGCCGCCGUAGACGCCGUGCAUCACCGCCGACAGCAUGUUCUCCGCAAGGGCCGUGUUGCCGCCCGACAUGCGGGUCAUAAACGCGCCCGCCGACUCGUCGUCGCUGGCCGGCGGGUAGCGCCCGGGCGCCUUGCUCGCCGCCACCAUGCGCGCCUGCGUCUUUUCCGCCUUGGCUGUCGAGGGCAGCAGGUACGAAAAGGCGCCCGGCAGGAGGCUCCGGAACAGCGGCUCCUUCAGCACCCGCGUGGCGCACCAGACGACCCACCGGCCGAAGGCUUUCCAGUACGCCAGCUGCUCGGCCAGGGUCACGGACCUGCCCUCUCGGCUGUCCCCGGCUUGCGGCCGUUGCGGCCUCAAGUUGCCCAGCGACACGUUCACGAGGUGGUCCGGGUAGUAGAUGUACUGCGCGGCCUUCCACUCGCUGACGCGCAGCUCGUCGUGCAGGCCCAGUUGGUCGAUGAGUUCCAGCAGCAAGAAAUCGUCAUAGCGGGCGCCCUUUUGCGGCGCCACCAUGCGCGCGCCGGCCUCGAGGACGUCUGUCCGUUCGUGCUCGCCCGCGUCGUUUUUCUUUUCGUUGUUCGCCGUAUCCGAUGA